AGAACCCGUUUCAUAACAUUUCAAACUUAUGUUAAAAUAAUGCAAAAACAAGAAAGGUUGAAACUUUUAUUUUUGUUCGGCUACACGUUUUUUUUUUUUGUAUUUUUUGGCGCUGCUCUUCGGGUGCGGGGUAACUAUGAGACUUAUAAAAGACACUGUAGAAAGAAAAAGGAUUCAAGAUCUUAGGGCCUUAUUUAAGAAAGCAGUUCGAAUUGUAAGCGUGAACAAUCAUUGGGUGGACACUGAUCACGAUGAUGAUCCAAAGUUUUCCUACAAUGUUCAAAAAAAUAUAUCAAAUCUUGUGAGGACCUCUCGGCGUAAAGCGGGCUUACUUACCUCAGCGGAGAAAACCCUAAUUCGGAUUCCGCAAAGAUUUCGAACAAUACCGGAAAGAAAGAGGCUGUGCUCUUUGUUUAGUAAACUCCGGUGUUUCGUCGACAUUCCACCUAAACACCGCGCUCGAUUAGUUCCCCUAGUGAGAUUAUUUCCCAUUCAACCUGGUCGUAAUCUAAUAAGACAAGGGGACCUACCACUGACAGUAUAUUUUAUUUUAGUCGGAGAAAUACAAAUGAUAAGUGGAUCAGGCAAUGAUGUUGUGGCUGUCUAUGGACCUGGAGAAAGAGUUGGAGCAGCCGAACUAUUGGAAAACCGAGCAAGAACUCAUAACUUUAGGACUGUCAGCUACUGCGAGCUCCUGGUUCUCUUCGAAUAUGAUUUCGAUGCAAUUCUCCGGACACGGAUGACUAAGACCUGGGAGGAGAAGAAACGGGCCAUUAAGGCACUGGACUACUUCGAAUUUUUCGAUAAUGACCAGAUAAUAGAAGCCUGUCGAUUUGGAAGCCUCAAGCAGUACAAUCCACUUGAAACCAUAUACUUUGAGGAUAAAGGAAGCGUCUCCAAAGUUCAUUUUGUUCUCAGUGGCGAAUGUGUUAUACUCCAAUGCCUGACUAUAGAGAGUGUAGUAAAAAAGGGGAAAAAAGUGCAACAACUAUCAAAUAUCGAUGGUGAUUCAAACAUAUUCAGAGCCGAUCAUAGAUCCACUUUCACGACUCAGAGUGGUCGAAUUGUGGAAAUUGGUUCAAAUUUUUCAAUUGCGGAUCUUGUUCAGAGUUCAAGCUCCUCCGACGAGACAAAAAAGAAGCACUCUUUGAAGCGUAAAAUGGAACUAAGAGAUAUACAAAUAGCUUGUGGUUUUAAAAAAGUUUCAGAAACAGCUGUUCCCUUUAAACGGCUUACAUUGAUACGACGUUCAAAAUCAAAAGUAUCAGCUUCAUCAAUCAAGACUAUAGAAUAUUUAGAUGGCGAGGAAGAUUGGUUUGAAGAUUUGUUUGAAGAUUAUUGGGAAGAUUUUUGGGAAGAAGACCUAAUUCUACCCAGUCCUGUCCAAUCUCAUUUAGAUUUUGACAUGGGUUUGGAGAUAAGAAAACCAUUCUAUCCAGGCUUAAUUUCAGUGGUUGAAAAAAAAUCCGAUGAAAGUGAAGUUUAUACGGUAGCUUCAACUCCAUCUUAUUCAUCUGACAGUAUGAGCCUUAUAGCGGCCAGUGAAACCCGUUUCAUUGAUGUCGGAAGUCUGACUUUCGGGGCUAUUUUUGGCCUAGGUGAAAGCAUGAUACAUCGGGUCAUAAUGGCCAAAACCAUAGUUCAGUGCUUGACUCUUCCCAGAUUUUUUCUGCUGGACCCCAAACAAAAUCCUGGAAAUAUUUGGGAGCGCAGGUUGCUUUACUUAAACAGUAUGAUUCCCACAAGGGAGAAACUUUUCCAACACCUGCUCCGGACCCAGGAAUGGAAGAAAUUCAAAAACAAUUUUGUUAACGAAACUGUAACGCAGUCGGCAGUAAAUUGCGCUGACAUAAACGAUGUCCCCAUUAUUUGCAGAAUUAUGGAAAGAGAACAGGAUAUAAAUUAAUUUAAAAAUAGCAUUAAUGUAUAAACUUUUGUUGCAAUUCCAGUUAAGCUAAAAAAAAAUUGUAAUAUAAUUACAAUCUUUUUCUAGCUUAACUGAGAAAUACAACAAGGUCCUUUGACAUAAUUAGUAUUACUUAUAAGAGAACUAACCUAUGAGAAUAUAUAAAUAGAUUCCAUAAAUAAAAGCCACAA